GUCCGAUGGUGAUUAUGUGGUGGUGAUGGAUAUGAUUGCCCCUGGUUUUGAUGUGGCUCCGAAUGAAACACGACCGCCAAGCCGCUACUUCAUUACAUUUCUUUCCUCGGUUGACACUUCGAAACCCAGAGGCCAAACUCCCCGCCAUUUUUGGAGGUAGUUGCGAGCUUGGUACCAUUAAGAAAAAAUGGAUAUUUGUGGCAGAGUUGCAGCCUUUUCAUCUCUAACUUCAACUCACUCAAUUGCUCCAUCCUUCGGCACUCCUCGACCCGUCUCUUUGCGGGGUACGAUGAGAUUAAGUGUGUGGUGUGCUUCUGAUCAAACUGGCAAGAUGACUGUGUCAGUGACGGGAGCUACUGGUUUCAUUGGUAGGAGAUUGGUGCAAAGGCUGCAAGGAGAUAACCAUAGCGUUCAUGUCUUGACUCGGUCAAGAUCUCGAGCUGAGUUAAUAUUUCCUGGUAAGAAGGUAAUCAUUAUUUUUGUAGUCUUGCUUCAUUAACGUUUGUGAUCGAUGAACUCAAGAGCUAUGGCUGCAUGAUAAAAUUUGCAGCAUGCAUGAAUUUUGCCUCCUUUUUGCGUUAUUAGCCAGGGAGUUUCCAGGAAUCGUGAUUGCUGAGGAGGUGAAGUGGAAAGAUUCCAUUCAAAGCUCCAAUGCUGUUGUCAAUUUGGCUGGAUUGCCUAUCAGUACAAGAUGGUCCCCUGAGAUCAAGAAAGAGAUUAAAGAUAGCAGAAUUAGGGUCACCUCAAAGGUUGUAGAUUUAAUCAACAAGUCACCACAAGAAGCUCAACCUGCUGUUCUCGUUAGCGCUACUGCAGUUGGUUACUAUGGUACUAGUGAAACACAGAUUUUUGAUGAGAGCAGCCCAUCAGGAAGUGAUUAUUUGGCAGAGGUGUGUAGAGAAUGGGAAGCAACAGCGUUCACGGUAAAUAAGGAUGUCAGAUUAGCUCUUGUCCGCAUCGGUGUUGUUUUGGGAAAAGAUGGUGGCGCUUUGGCUAAGAUGAUCCCUAUGUUCAAGAUGUUUGCUGGUGGACCUUUGGGCUCCGGACAACAAUGGUUUUCCUGGAUUCACUUGGACGACAUUGUCAACCUAAUAUACGAAGCUCUAGUAAAUCCAUCUUACAAAGGUGUCAUAAAUGGAACUGCACCGAAUCCAGUACGAUUGGCAGAGAUGUGCAACCAGCUGGGAGAUGUACUAGGUCGGCCAUCAUGGCUUCCUGUACCCGAUUUCGCUCUCAAGGCUGUCCUCGGAGAAGGCGCCACUGUGGUGCUGGAAGGGCAAAGGGUAGUUCCUGCAAAGGCCAAGGAGCUGGGUUUCAGAUUCAAGUACCCCUACGUGAAAGAUGCCCUUAAGACCAUCCUGUAAUGAGGAGAAUACGAGCAGAUUUGUGGCACCAUUCUGUUGAUUUUAUUCCCUUCAAGUAGAGGAUGAAUCUAUUCAUUUCAUUUCUGUCAAUAGAGGCAUAUAAAUUUAGUGACAGUUUUAGUCCACAUAUGUCCUUCUCUGCAUGUUCCCUAUGUGUACUAUAUACUAAUUGAUGAACAUUUCAUCAACAAUUCUAAUGGUACCGGAGCAACUGGAUGACGAAUUUGAAGUGGUUAUAAGUUCGAAUUUUGUCGCUCGUCGAUCUAUCAUUACUACGCUCUUAAUGUAAAGCUAGUAUAGAUGCUAAAUACAAAUAUUAUA